AUGUUUAACGAGUUUCCUUUCGUCUCGGCCUCUGAUUCUGGCACUGCCUCCAAUUCAUGUAGCGACAGGGAUAGUCAAAAGGUUGAAAAAUGGAAACCCGUUCCUACCGACAAUUUCUUAAGAAUAAGGCUAAAGAAGUCAGUGAGCGAAGAAAAGGAAAAAAAUACUAGGGAAGCUGAUGCUUACAACCCGAAAGUUCAUUCUUGUGUUUCAUUUACAUACCUACCAAAACAACUGCAUUUAACACAAAUGAACUAUUCACCGGAUCAUAUAUUGGCUUGUUUACAGGUAGCAUCCUGA